CAGUAGUGUCCGGAGCAACGCGGCGUGCAUCUAUUGGAAGACUCCCAGUCCAUCGCGGAAAGUGGCCGUAGACAAUCACAACAGUGAGUUUCCCGCCAUUUCUACACUUUCGUCUCUCUCGUUUCUCUUCGAGGGUGUCUCUCUCAGCAGUUGAUGUUGGGUCUGCGUUCAUGCCACUGUCUUGGCCACAACCCUCUCUCUCGCAGUCUCAACCUCCGCUUCUCUCCUCCUCUUUCGGCCUCAUUCAAAUCCUUCUCUCUUAAUUCUUUCUUCUCGUCAAGCCCUAACCCUAAGACUAAACCUAAACCCCAAUCUAAACGUAAACCCACCAUGUCCUCUCUCCCCUCCGCCUUCGAUGCUCUCAUGUCCAAAGCCCGAGCCGCGGCCAAGAAGAAGCCCCAAUCCCAGUCCGAAUCCCAAUCCCAAUCCUCGUCUCCGAAGAAGCGCAAAACCCAAACUCAAACCCCAGACCUUGCCCCACCUAAAAAAUCUACCAAUUCCCAAACCCCCGAUUCCAAGAUCGAACCAUUGGAUGCGUUGCCGGCGAAGAAACCGAAGAAGGUUGACGUCGAAGAGUGUAUUGGGCAAUUGAGGAAAAAGGCGGCGGAUUUCAAUCCCAAAACGGCGGCGUAUUGGGAGGACAAGCCAGUUCCAUUUCUUUUUCUUGUCAGGGCUUUUGAUAUGAUUUCCAAGGAGACGGGUCGGAUUGUGAUUACGGAUAUUGUGUGCAAUAUGUUGAGGACGGUGAUGCACGCCACCCCGGACGAUUUAGUAGCGGUUGUCUAUCUUUCAGCCAACAGGAUUGCGCCGGCGCAUGAGGGCUUGGAGCUUGGGAUUGGGGAUGCGUCAAUUAUUAAGGCACUUGCGGAAGCCUGUGGAAGAAAAGAAGAGCAGAUUAAGAGCCAGUACAAGGCAUUGGGAGAUUUGGGGCUUGUUGCAAAAGCAUGCCGAUCAUCCCAGUCUCUGAUGCGCAAGCCUGAUCCAUUAACCGUUGCCAAGGUUUUUAAUACAUUUGGACUUAUUGCCAAGGAAUCUGGAAAGGAUAGUCAAGAGAAGAAAAAGAACCAUAUCAAGACACUUCUUGUUGCAGCCACCGACUGCGAGCCACAGUAUUUAAUUCGUCUACUUCAGACGAAGUUGCGAAUUGGUUUGGCAGAGCAAACUCUGUUAACUGCAUUGGGACAAGCUGCUGUAUAUAAUGACAAAGAGUUGACACAACCACCUCCACAUAUCCAGUCGCCUCUAGAGGAGGCUGCAAAUAUUGUUAAGCAAUCGUACUCUGUACUUCCUGUUUAUGAUAAAAUAGUCCCUGCUCUUCUUAGCGGUGGUGUAUGGAAUCUUCCAAAGACAUGUAGCUUUAUGCCAGGUGUCCCUGUUGGACCUAUGCUAGCAAAACCAACCAAGGGGGUAUCUGAAAUCAUUGAUAAAUUCCAGGAUAUGGAAUUCACCUGUGAAUACAAAUAUGAUGGAGAACGUGCUCAGAUACACUACAAGGAGGAUGGGUCAGUUGAGAUAUAUAGUCGCAAUGCCGAACGAAAUACUGGAAAGUAUCCUGAUGUUGUUGUUGCAGUUUCAAGAUUAAAGAAGUCAUCUGUGAGUUCAUUUGUUUUGGAUUGCGAACUAGUUGCCUAUGACCGUCAAAAGGGGAAAAUUUUGCCAUUCCAGGUCCUCAGCACCCGUGCUCGUAAAAAUGUGGUUAUGAGUGAAAUCAAGGUUGAUGUUUGCAUAUUUGCUUUUGACAUUUUGUAUCGUAAUGGCCAACCACUUCUUCAAGAGCAGCUCAAAAUUCGUCGUGAGCAUCUUUAUGAGUCAUUUGAGGAAGAACCUGGAUUUUUCCAGUUUGCAACAGCAAUAACAUCAAAUGAUCUUGAGGAAAUACAAAAAUUCCUUGAAGCUGCUGUUGAUACCAGUUGUGAAGGCUUGAUCAUUAAAACAUUGAAUGGAGAUGCUACAUAUGAGCCUUCAAAGCGGUCACAUAACUGGCUAAAAUUGAAGAAAGAUUACAUGGAGAAUAUUGGUGACUCGCUUGAUCUAGUACCUAUAGCUGCUUUCCACGGUCGCGGGAAACGUGCAGGUGUCUAUGGUGCCUUCCUCCUUGCUUGUUAUGACAGCAAUAAAGAAGAAUAUCAAAGCAUUUGUAAAAUAGGCACUGGAUUUUCUGAGGCAGUGCUUGAAGAACGCUCAGCCAGUCUUCGUUCUAAAGUGAUUUCCAGACCAAAGCCUUACUAUCGGUAUGCUGAUUCAAUUGAUCCAGAUGUAUGGUUUGAACCCACUGAGGUUUGGGAGGUGAAAGCUGCAGACUUGACCAUUAGCCCUGUUCAUCGUGCUGCAGUUGGAAUAGUGGAUCCUAACAAGGGUAUUUCUCUUCGGUUUCCACGUCUGGUUCGCAUUCGAGAUGAUAAGAAUCCAGAGCAAGCGUCGUCAUCUGACUUGGUUGCUGAGAUGUAUAAUGGCCAAAAGCUCAAUCACCAGUCCAAUCAAGAUGAAAAUGAAGAAGACUGAUGGAACAAAUUUACCAUGUUUCAAUUCUUUCUGAGGUGAUUUUUCCUCGUGGAAGUGAAGAUCUCUAGUCUCAUACCCAGUCAAGCAGAUAGUGGGUUGUUUGCCAUUUUUGCCAUUAAAGAACACGUGCCUCCUGUACAACAGUGCAGGACCCCAAUGCUGAAGAUGUACUGAAUGUAUUGACGCUAUAAAAUUUCCUGUCUUCCCAUCUGAUGUAAAAUGAAUUUUAAAGAAAUUUAAGUUUGGCAAGACAUCCGUGGAUGAUCCUAAUUUUUGCCAAAAUUUCAAAUACUAGUGGAUCUUCAUUUUCUAGCAACAUACCGAAAUUCGUGUUU